GGGUGCCCUCCUGGUGGGGGCCAUCACUACAAAGGAGCCACACUUCUCCUGAGGCCUGAGCCUCCUCCAGGGGACCUGCAAGAACAGCACAGUGCAGGAGAGUUGUACUCUGCAGAUGGGCCUGCUAAAGAAUCAAAAGUGCAUCCUCAAAGUACCAGUGCUGAAGUACCUGAGCUUCCAGAAUUGCAGCCACUUGAAGGAGAAGCUGCUGUGUCUCCAGUCACACCAGCAGCUGACUUGUUUAGCAGUGGUGUGGAAACAGUGGGCAUGGAUGUAUUGGCAGAUGGUGCACAAAGCUCCUCAGUAAAUUCUGUGGAUCCAAGCAUUAAAGCCCAGGAAAAGGGGGAUCUACUGUUUAUUGGCAAAGAAGAGAUUUGCUUUGGUACUACUGGGAAUCCUUCCAACCUUGCUGUCUCAGAUACUGCACUGAGUACUCCACAAGCUGCAGUAGCUGACUCAGAGUCUUGUUCUGACAUCAAGACAGUGGCUGAUUUGAGGUCUGAAAAGAGUUCAGUAGCAAAAAAUGACAAGGAAACUCCUGAAGUUAUGGAAUUUCAGUUAUCCAAGAACAGUGUAGGAAAAAAGACAGACUCUGCUGCAUCUGUGUCAGAAGCAGUUAGUGUGGUACCUUGCAGUAAAUUGGAAGUAUGUUUUAAAGCAGAAAUUAUUCCUGUUUCAAAGGGUAACCAAAGCAGUCAACAGGCCAACACAUCAUGCAUUUCUGAAAAACUUUCCAUUGGGUGUCUUACCUCUUCAAGUUUGGCUGGCUUGAAGAGUAAUUUAUCUUCUGAUGCUGGCAGUAAGGAGUACCAGGUAAGCACUACAGCUUCUCACAGUAAAACAGCAGAAGGCAGUCAGUCAUCAGAUGAAAGUGUAAAAAGUCCACUGAAGACUGCUUCUGCUAAACCAGUCAGAUUUACCAUUGCACCAGCGUGGCAAAGGUCUCUCUCAGGGGGUUCAAAUUCAAAGGAAGAUUCCUAUUCCAGAAGUUCUCCAACAUCCCCUAUAAGACCAGAGUUCUUUGAAGGAAUGACAAAAGAACACACACGUUUUGAUGCAGUUAUGCAGGAAUCAGCAAAAGCCAACUCAGAUAGAUUUGAUCGAGAUUGUAAGGACAGAGAUCUGCAUUUGAAUUAUUUUAUGGGGUGGGCUGACCAUGAAACACCCAACUUCGAGAGCCCAUUUGGAGUCAGACUAAGAAGAACAUCAUCUUUACUAAAAUACCAGAAUGAAAGCCGUGUAGAGCCUCCAAAGCUGAUCCCUCCAGCUGCUCCAGCUGCUUCUUUUGCUUCAGUGAAGGAGGAUCAGAAAUUGAUGGGCAUUGGGAAGUCACCUCUAAGCCUUCCUGUCAACACAAAAUCAGUUGUUAAAAAAACAGAUCUCCUAGAAGACAAAAAUACUGCCAAGACAAGAUCAGAAGAAGUGGCAAAGAAGCAAAAUGGUUAUAAACCUUCAGAAAAAGUCUCUCCAUAUUUGGAAACUGCUUCCCCUGAACCAGCUUGGGUCUCUGUGGCAAAGCUGAAACAAAAGGGUUUCCAGGACCACCCUCUUGCCAAAGAACACAAAGAUGAACACAAAGUGGAUCAAGGGGAGCCAGAGGUGUGUGCUAGUGAGGGCCCUCUGAAGAAGAACAUGCCUUCCAUCUCUCAGGACAAGAAAACACAAACCAAGGCCAGUGUGUCUGCAGCAGCAGGUAAAGUUGGGCCAGUUUCUCAAGAAGCAUCUGUGGUUCCUGCUGCUGAAAGGGAAGCAAGGCUCUCCUCUAACCUGGCAAUGACACCCUGCAGUCCUGCUGAACCACCCUGGCUGUCCCUGGCCAAGAAGAAAGCCAAAGCAUGGAGUGAAAUGCCCCAGAUCGUACAAUAGCAAACGACAUGACCAUCCUUCUUUGCAUUGCCAAUAGCUGUGUUAACUCCAUUUAAUCCCUUCUUUACUGUGACCAUUUUUUUUCUUUUGAGAAAUAAGAGCCUUAAAAACUUUUGAUCAGACUGUUGUAUAGAAAGACAUAAUGAAGAAAUGCCAUUGUGGGCUUAAUCUGAUGUAUUAGGAAGCUGAGCAUUUUCCUACUACCAGACAUUAGGAAAAUUUGAUUCAUUUUUAUAUGCUUACACAUCUGGUGAUGAUGUUCUAAAAAGACAUGCUUCAGGCUAUUGAAACAUUUCUCUAGCAAAAUAUGUCUUUAAAGUUUCUUUUAAAGAAACUUAUUCUUUUAAAAAGACUGCACUGUAUUUGGUAUGGUUUGGCUUUGAGCUAAGAAAUGAACGUGUGCUUUGAAAUAUUCACAAUGCUGGGCACUGACGCACUGUGAGUCAUGGACAUUGAUGUCAUCACACUCCUUUUCUAGAGCUCUACCAUGGGCAGCCUGGCUCUGCUUCAGGCUGUUCAUGAUGUGUUCUGUGAUAGCUGUAAGGUCCAAGCACGUUGUGAGCUGGAGUGGUUCUGGCUUUUGUGGGAAGUCUCAGUGCUGUUGCUCCUGUGCUUUGCUCACAGAUACCCACUGGAAUGCCCCAGAGCUGCACACCAGCUCUCUCCCAUGCACUGGAAAACCACCACACUGUAGCACAUGUCUGCUUUUAGUUGUACUUUUAGAAAUCUGGGUAAAUUAAACAUUCUAUUAAAAAAAAAAUCCUUCCUUUCUUUAAUUAUGGCAAAUAGUGAUUUUUUUGUGAGAUUCCUCACAAAACUGUCUCUCUUGAAGAGUGUGUUGGGGUGAGAACUUGCUCCUUAGAAAGUGGCAUCUUCUUUUCAAGAAAUGCCACUCUCCAUGUUCAUAAGGAUAUAAUUUAGUCAAUGGUAUGUAAUGUUAGUCAUAAAAGGGGCAUCUGCUUUCCUUCUUGGCUCAUCAGUCUUUAAUCAUUAACUCAAGAUCAGUCUGAGAAUGUGCAGCUGGAGCAGGAUUAUUCUCUCAGGGCCUGGCCUUGCAUUCACUUAAACUCACAAAAGUUUUGCUAUUGACUUUGAAGGAUACAGAUAUUUGAAAAAUGAGCUUUGUGAAAUUAUGCUGGUGGCUUAAGAGACAGGGGCACUUACUAGUCCUUCCAGUUCUUGCAGAAUUGCACGUUUAUGUAGUUUUUGUUUACAGUCAGUGCAAAAUUUGAAGGCUGAUUGACUGUUUUUUAGCUGGAAAGUUGUUAGCAAUUUUUAAAGGAAAAUAUUAUCUAUUGAUAGGAUUAACUGCAAACCAAAGAAAAUUGGUUUCAGAUCAGCUCAAGCGAGACUUUAAUCUUCCAGUUUUGGCCUGAAUUUAACAUGUAGAUUUUGCAAUUUGAAAACAGUA